GUCUCAUUUAAAAAUUCGUGCGGAGCAUGUAUUGCAUAAAAACAGUUUCACUAUUUCAUAAUUUUAUGCUCUUAUUUAAUUUAUAAGAAUAAUUUACUUGAACUGUCUGCAAAGAUGCCUGGUCAUCGUAAGACACCUUUUAGUGCAAAGCAAAAGAAAAAACAAUUACAAGAAAAACGUGAAAGAAACAGAGGUCGGUUUGACCAAGUUGAUGAGGAGGGUAUGCCAAUCGUUGGAAGACGCUCAAGAUCGCAUAGCUCACAGAAGAAGUGUCCACAAGUUGCUGACACAACUGUUAAUGUAAAAAAGAUUAAUCAACAACCUGGCAAAAAUAAGAAUGGACAUUAUGACCCUAAUCGAUAUCGACUACACUUUGUUAAGGACUCUGACCAAGAUAUAGAAGAUCGUAAGAAAAAAGCAAGAAUACCGUUCAAAGUCCUUCCAGAGGAAUCUUUAGAACUUGACGUUAAUUUGAUAUUUGAACCUGGUUCAGCUUUAGAUUUACCGAAACGUCCUUCCUGGAACUAUAAAAUGACUAAAGAAAUAGUGGAAAGACAAGAAGAGAAAUAUUUUCAGGAAUAUUUAGAUCGACUUUUCGAAACUUACAAAUCUGACAACUUAAGUUUUGUAGAACUAAAUUUAGAGACAUGGCGACAAUUGUGGAGAGUUCUUGCUAUGUCAGACAUUAUACUAAUUAUUACAGAUAUACGUCAUCCAGCUCUUCAUUUUUCACCUGCUCUCUACGAUCAUAUAACAAAAGAUUUACAAAAAGAAGUAAUUCUUGUUCUAAACAAGAUAGAUUUAGUUCAAUCGUCAUUAGUUAUAGCUUGGAAAAGAUAUUUUCAAAUAAAAUUCCCGAAAUUGAAAAUUGUUUGCUUCACUUCAUAUCCAAAAGAUCGAGAAGAGAUAGAAAUCGAUUCAAAACGAUCUGUCUUUAAGAAGAGAAAGCUAAAGAAACGCGGAUUUGGUGUUGGGGCGUCUAAACUUUUACAAAUAUGCCAGGAAAUUGUUCAAGAUAAGGUAGAUUUGUCGUCGUGGAAAAGACGUAUUGAAAUUCAAAUUGUCAACGAAGGCAGUGACAACGAAGAGGAGGACGCUGCUGAAAUUCGUGUAGAAGAGGAAAUCAUCGAUACUGGAGAGCGGUUCAAAGGCGGUAUGUUGACUAUCGGUUGCUGCGGUUAUCCAAACGUUGGAAAAUCUUCCCUAAUGAACGGUUUAGUGGGAAAAAAGGUUGUCAGUGUCUCAAAAACUCCUGGUCAUACAAAACAUUUUCAAACCAUUUAUCUUACAAAAACUGUUAAACUAUGCGAUUGUCCUGGCUUAGUCUUCCCUUCUUUAACAGAUAAGUCAUUACAAAUUCUGUCAGGAAUCUAUCCUAUAGCCCAAGUUCGUGAACCGUACAGCUCCGUCGGUUUUCUCUCUGAGAGAUUGGACCUAACCAAAAUAUUAAAACUAAAACAUCCAAGUGAUGAUGAAAAUUGUAACGAAUGGAGUGCAUGGGACGUUUGCGAUGCUUGGGCUGCUAAGAAGGGAUUUUUAACUGCAAAAGCAGCAAGGCGAGAUGUUUAUAGAGCAGCUAAUCAUAUAUUACGACUAGCAGUUGAAGGACGAAUAUGCCUAGCUUUCAGACCACCAAAUUAUACAGCUAACAAAUCUGUUUGGGAAAAUGAUCCAGAAGCGCAAUCUAUAGAUCAGCAACAAGAAGAGCAUUCUAAAAGAAAUACGCUAAGUCUACCUGAAGAUGAUGAAGAUAAUAGUGAAGAUGCGGAAAGAGACUAUGAAGAUGGAGAUGAGGAUGAAGAAGAUGAAGUUGAAAAUCAAGAUGGGGAAGAAAAUUUAUGUGCAAUGAAACUCACAAAAAAUCCAUUUAGUGUUUUACAAGACGAUUGA